UAUAAACGUUUAUUUCAUUUGCUCUUUAUAUAUAACCCAAUUCCCCCAUCCCCCAUCUCGAUCGACAAAUUCUUAGGUGCUAAAAUGUCACACAACCCGAACAUUCGACUCUCUUUCGCGACCAAACUCGUCACAACUUCCAUCAUCAUAAUCAUCUCAUCAACCUUCACCACCUCCCAAACUUGCAAACCGACAUGUGGCACGUUACCUGUCAGAUACCCGUUUGGAACCGGUUUAGGAUGCGGCGACCCGCGGUUCCAAACUCGGGUAACUUGCAACAAUCAACAUCUGACAUUCAUAACACACACUGGAUGCUACCCAAUCACUGCCAUCGACUACCCAAACCAAAUUAUUUACAUAACCGACCCCUCAAUGUCAACUUGUGGUUGCACUCAACCAAGUAAAGGGUUCGGGCUCGAUUGGGACGCCCCUUUCACCUUUCAUGACAACACUGUAUUCGCCCUCCUCAAUUGCGACACUUCAUCAUCGCCAAUAUUCAAAUCCGACGGCCGAAAUGCUCCGGUUUGUGAUCCGGUGAGUGGGACCCGAGUUUGUGGGAUUUUGAAUUCUUGUCAAGCAGUGAGUCGACUCACCACCCCGGUGUCUAGUUGUUGUGUGUAUGCUCCGGUGGAUCUUGGCCCGUCGUUUGAGAUGGACUUGGGGAAAUUGAAUUGCGGGUCGUACUCGGGUUUGUACGGGUUUGAUGGACAUGCGGACAAUCCCGAAAGUUGGAAAUAUGGCGUCGCGUUAAAGUAUAAGUUUAAUUUCAACAAUGAGUAUCCAACAAUGUGUGCUGAUUGUGAGAGAAGUGGUGGCGUUUGUGGGUAUGGUGGACCUUAUAGUUCGUUUUUGUGCAAUUGUCGUAGUGGAAUCAAUACGACAACAAAUUGUUUAUUUGAAGCUACUUGGAAUAGUUCUUCAAGAUUUGUUCAUGGUGGUUUUUGGAUCUAUGCAUUGACAUGGCUAGUGAUAUGGAUGAUGUUAUGAAAGUAGACAUUCUUGUUGUCGCAUGUUCUUUUUUUGUUGCUAAUGAUCGAUGCAUGCAUUUUUAUUUGUUUUGUUAGAUGUAAGAACUCAUUAAUUUAAAACUGUUCAUCAACCUUUAACUUGACAAAUGAUUCAUGAUUUGUUUCUUUUUGGAUAAUUUUGGUUCUAUAUUAAUUAUUUCUGUAA